AUGCCCGAACUCUUCCUGCAUUACUUUUGUAGCCAUCUACAGGAGAAGGCUUGUGGGGAUUCCACUAUUCCCCUUCUAGUGGCAACAGUGUCGUCGAUGAUUGGAACAGACAACCUAUUGAGGAGGUGUGUGACCACGGAAAAGGCUAAAAGUAUAUUGUGGCACUGUCAUAAUUCUCCCCGCGGAGGUCAUUACAGUGGGGACAAGACAGCUGUGAAGCGGACUGGAGGUAUAUCAUGGAGAAAUGAGAUGCCCCUUCAGAAUAUCAUUGAAGUAGAAGUUUUUGACUGUUGGGGUAUUGACUUCGUCGGUCCCCUUCCAUCAUCUUAUGGAAAUGAAUACAUACUGGUGGCUGCGGACUAUGUCUCUAAAUGGGUAGAGGCUGUAGCUGCUCCCCCCAAGAAUGAUGCCAAGAUAAAAGUACUGGGGCAUUAUAAUGUCACUCACAAGGUGGCUUCCCCUUAUCAUCCCCAAACCAAUGGUCAGGCUGAAGUAUCCAACAGGGAAUUAAAGAAGAUUUUAGAGAAGACUAUGGCAUCCUCAAGGAAGGACUGGGCUACCAAAUUGGAUGAUGCCUUGUGGGCUUAUCGAAUCGCUUUCAAGACUCUUAUAAGACUGUCUCCUUUCCAUAUGUUCUAUGGUAAGGCUUGUCAUCUACCAGUAGAGAUGGAGCAUAAGGCCUAUUGGGCACUGAGAUUCCUGAAUUUUGAUGAAGUUUUAUUUGGUGAGAAGCGAAAACUACAACUCCUAGAGCUGGAAGAAAUGAGGCUCAAUGCAUAUGAGUCUUCCAAGUUGUAUAAACAGAAGAUGAAGGCCUACCAUGACAAGAAAUUGCUGAAGAAGAGUUUUCAACCAAGACAACAAGUUCUGCUCUUCAAUUCUAGACUUAAGCUGUUCCCGAGCAAACUCAAGUCCAAAUGGUACCAAGUUUUUGACUGA